AUGUCGUCACGGAAGAAGGUCUUAUUGAAGGUGAUUAUCCUCGGCGACAGUGGUGUCGGUAAAACGAGUUUGAUGAACCAAUAUGUCAACAAGAAAUUCAGUGCCAGCUACAAGGCGACAAUUGGAGCCGAUUUCCUGACAAAGGAGGUUCUGGUGGAUGACAGACUGGUUACGAUGCAGAUCUGGGAUACUGCAGGUCAAGAACGGUUUCAAUCUCUCGGUGUUGCAUUUUAUCGGGGAGCCGACUGCUGCGUUUUGGUAUACGAUGUGAACAACUCCAAGAGUUUCGAGGCCCUCGACAGCUGGAGGGAUGAAUUCCUUAUCCAGGCAAGCCCUCGGGAUCCGGAGAGUUUCCCUUUUGUCGUGAUCGGUAACAAGGUCGAUGUAGAGGAGAACAAGCGAAUGAUUUCCUCAAAGCGGGCCAUGACCUUUUCUCAGUCAAAGGGCAACAUUCCGUACUUCGAGACGAGUGCCAAGGAAGCUCUCAAUGUCGAACAAGCUUUCGAGGUAAUCGCUCGAAGCGCUCUUGCGCAAGAAGAAGCAGAAGAAUUCAAUGGUGAAUUCAGCGACCCGAUCAAUAUCCAUCUUGACAAUGAGCGCGACGGUUGUGCCUGUUGA